AUGACGACAGAAGAGUUGCAAGCAAUGAUGGACGAGACCGCGGCCAAGGCAGCGGCUUGGGCAGCGGCGGACGCAGUAGCUCAGUACAUUAGCGCCCAAGGCCAUAGUGAUUUCGAAGAGCCGAUUCUUUCAGAGAGCGACCCCUCGGAACCCGCUCACGUCCACGGGACCCCGCCCAUCGUAGAACUCCACGACUCUGAGGAGAGGGUAUCGCUUAGCGACCGAAGCAUUUCUUCAGAACGGGCUCCCCGUAGGUAUGCCCCGCCCCGGUCGCAUCAGCAUAGCUCAGCCUCGGACCAGGCUCCUCGAGGAGAGACGCGCGGUCGGUCACCACGGCCCCUUAAGCAACGGGCUCCUUCAAGGGAGAGAGCGGCGCGAGGCCGCCGAGAAAGAAGUGGAUCCUCUCGGCCAAGUGUGACACGCCAUGAGCCUCGAGGCGAUAGGCAUCGCGGACGAUCCUUUCGCCGAGGCAACUCCCCACGAGACGAACAUGGGAGUAGGUACACUCGGGCUGAAGAGACGAGAAGGCACCGCGAGAAUGGUAACAAGCGUAAUUCGAGAAGCCCGCGACAAGAAGCUUCAAGAUCAACCGCUCGAUUUGGAACGCUCCCCGCCCGAAUAAGCCCUUUUAUUCCGGCUAUCAUGGAGGAAGUUUUACCGCUCGGAUUUAGGAUCCCCAAUCUGCCCCAAUUCGAUGGAACCGGAGAUCCUCAAACUCACCUUAACAAUUUCUUCGCUAAGAUCGACCUUUACGGCCUCAGUGAUGCCGCCUACUGCAAAAUCUUCCAAACUACCUUAACUGAUCAAGCACAAACUUGGUUCAACGGUCUGCCAGGAGGAUCAUUGGAUGGCCUGGGCCAGUUAUCGGAACGUUUCCUUAGCCAGUAUUCCAUCAACAAGCGAUACGCCAAAACCGGAUCAUACCUCUUCAAAGUCAAACAACGCGAGGGAGAACCAUUGAGAGACUAUGUACAGCGGUUUGUCAAAGCGGUGCACGAGGUACCCAAUGUUAACCACGACCUACUAGCCGAUAUACUGCAACAUAACUUGAGGCACGUUCGCUUCCAAGAAUCCAUAGCCAGACGACCCCCACAAACUCUGGAGGAGCUUCUGAACCGAGCGGAGAAGUUCAUCCGGAUAGAAGAGGCCGUAGAGAUGGGACUUCCCGUGAAAAGGAAGCGCGAAGAAGAGCGCCAUGAGGCAAAAAGGAAAGAAGAAGGACGUUCGAUCCACGCCCCUACCUACCCAAAGUUUACUCCCCUAAAAGCAAAACUCAUGGAAGUAUGGAUGGUAGCGGAGCAGAAAGGUCUAGUCCAGCCCCCGAGACAGAUGAAAGAAAAUCCGAAAAGGCAAAAAUCGGAAAAAUACUGCGAGUACCAUCGAGAUCGGGGACACACUACCGACGAGUGCUUCCAACUAAAGCAAGAAAUCGAGAGGCUAAUUAAAAAAGGGCACCUGGGAGAAUUCGUGGAUGCGCCACGACACCAAAAAUUCCAAAACAAACCCCGCUUCCAGCAUAAAGGAGAACGUCCCAACCCUAGGAAAGAUCGAGAGGAUGACAAUCUUCCAACUCAAGGAAUAAUUGCAGUUAUUUCCGGAGGACCCUCGGGCGGUGACACUCCUAGCUCACGACGAGCAUCAAUUCGGGCAGCAAGAGGCUCGUAUUCUACGACAGAACGUCCAGAGGGACAUAUUUACCACGUUCACCACCCAAACUCAGAGGUUACAUUUAGCGACGACGAUCUCAGAGGACCACGUGGUGAACACAACGACGCUUUAGUCAUCUCUGCAUCAAUUUCUAAUUAUUUGGUGAAGAAGAUUUUGGUGGACGGUGGUAGCUCGGCUGAUAUUAUAUAUUACGACGCCUUCGAAAAACUAGGGAUUGCCAAUGCAAAACUCGCGCCUGUGAAAACACCCCUAGUAGGUUUUACGGGACACGCCGUCGAAGCUGUGGGAGAAAUUUCCUUAGUCUUGUCCUUGGGAUCAUUCCCGUGCCGAGCUACAAACACGGUCAACUUCCUAGUCGUCAAAGCACCGUCGACUUAUAACGUCAUUUUGGGGCGGCCGAGUAUGAACCUUUUCAGAGCAGUCCCGUCAACCUAUCAUAUGAAGUUGAAGUUUCCUACGGCUAGCGGAGUCGGAGAAGCCGUAGGCGAUCAACGCAUAGCUCGAGAAUACUAUGCGAACACUUUGAAGGCACCUCAGGUUCGGAACACAAAGCAAGUGGGAGGAGGAGAUGACACUCCCAAUUAUCUGAAGAGAAAAUGGGUGAUGGCUGUCAAAGACGACUUCAUCACUCCCUCGACCAAUCAAGAUGCCGAUAGCACAAGACUCGCAGCAGUAGAAGAACUGAAAAGUGUAGAGUUGAUCCCGGGCAAUCAAGAUAAACUACUCCGAGUGGGAACCAACCUUGAGCCCGAAGCAGAAACAAGGCUCGUGGAGUUCCUUCGGAAAAACGGUGAUGUUUUUGCAUGGAGAGCGGAAGAUCUCGAAGGAAUUCCCCCAUCUAAAAUUGUUCAUCGGCUUGACGUUGACCCGAAACUCAAGCCGGUAAAACAAAAGAAAAGGACUUUUGGCCCGGAACGUAAUAAACACAUCAAAGAGGAGGUCGACAAACUCCUUGCGGCUGGUCAAAUACGUCCGGUUCAAUAUCCCGAAUGGUUGUCAAAUGUUGUCCUAGUGGCGAAAUCAGGGGGAAAAUGGCGCUUAUGUGUGGAUUUCACUAACCUGAACAAAGCUUGUCCUAAAGAUCCUUUCCCUCUCCCAAGAAUCGAUCAGCUGGUGGAUUCUACCUCAGGAUGUGAGUUGUUAAGCUUUUUAGACGCAUACCAAGGGUACAACCAGAUCCAACUGGCCCCUGAGGACCAAGAGAAAGCGAGUUUCAUUACCGACCAAGGCAUUUAUUGUUACAAGGUAAUGCCAUUCGGCCUAAAAAACGCAGGAGCAACCUAUCAACGACUGGUGAACACCAUGUUCGCUAAUCUAAUUGGGCGUAACAUGGAAGUGUAUAUCGAUGAUAUGUUAGUUAAAAGCGCUAAGGCCGAAAACCACUUGAAGGACCUCGAAGAGUGCUUCGCUAUUCUCAGAGAAUACAAAAUGAAACUAAAUCCUUCGAAAUGCUCCUUCGGAGUGAAGGGCGGCAAAUUCCUAGGCUAUAUGAUCUCGCAACGAGGAAUCGAAGCAAACCCGGCCAAGAUUGAUGCCCUGAUCAACAUGGCCCCACCUAAAUCCAUAAAAAAUGUCCAACAAUUAAACGGUUGUUUAGCGGCGCUGAAUCGAUUUAUUUCCCGUUCAGCAGACAAAGGACUUCCUUUCUUUAGAGUGCUGCGGGAGGGGAAGAAUUUCAAGUGGACGGAAGAGUGCCAAAAAGCAUUCGAGGAACUGAAGCAAUACCUAGCGUCACCUCCCCUCCUGACCAAACCAAGGGAAGGAGACGAACUUUUACUGUACUUAGCAACUACGUCAGAGGCGAUCAGCGCAGUCUUAGUACUCGAAGGUGAAAGAGGGCAUCAACCCAUCUACUACGUCAGUCGCGCCCUACGGGGAGCCGAGCAGAGAUAUUCAAACAUAGAGCGACUGGCCUUGGCAUUAAUCACGGCAGCGCGAAAAUUGCGGCCCUAUUUCCAAUCACACCAGGUAGUGGUGUUGACAAAUUUCCCCCUUAAACAGAUCUUCCAAAGUCCUGAAACAUCGGGGAGGAUGGCCAAAUGGGCGAUCGAACUGAGUGAGUAUGGGGUAGAGUUCCGGUCACGCCCGGCAAUCAAAGCUCAAGUCCUUGCGGAUUUUCUCGUCGAAAUGACGUUUAACGAAUCUACAUGUUCUACACCGACGUGGACGGUUUAUGUAGACGGUUCCUCUACCACGGGGGGUAGUGGAGCAGGAAUUUGGAUCACAAGUCCCGAAGGCGAUGCUUUGGAGUACGCAUUGAAGUUAGAAUUUCCAGCUUCAAAUAAUGAAGCGGAAUACGAAGCCCUUGUAGCUGGAUUGAAGUUAGCUCAAGCAGCCGGAGCUAAGAAGUUGGUUACACACAGUGACUCCCAACUAGUAGUAAACCAAGUCUUAGGCACAUACGAAGCCAAAGAAGAAAGUAUGAUUAAGUACCUCGAGUUGGUCAAACGCCUCAUGGAAAGUUUCGAGAAGGUGGAAGUCAGGCAAAUACCUAGAGCCGAAAAUGCCAUGGCAGACAAAUUGGCUCGCUUAGCGAGUUCCAUGUCAAAGCUCGACAGUCGCAAGAUCACUUUUCUCUCUUCCGCCAAACCCGAGAUAGAAACAGGCACACAAAUCCUCUGUACUAGUAACACUCCGUGUUGGAAGGACGAGAUAAUAAAAUAUCUAUCCACGUCAGAAUUGCCUCAAGACGGAGCAGCGGCGAGGAAAUUAAAAAUAAAAGCCGCUCGAUUCCUACUUAUCGGGGAGGAGCUAUACAAGAGAGGUUUUUCGGUACCUUACCUAAGAUGUCUCGGACCGGACGAAGCAAGAUAUGUUCUCCGUGAAAUUCAUGAAGGCAUUUGUGGGAACCACUUAGGAGGGCGAGCACUAGCCAUCAAAGCGUUACGUCAAGGAUACUUCUGGCCGACUAUGCGUCAAGACGCUAGAGAAUUAGUGGAGAAAUGUAGAGCUUGCCAAAUACACGCCAACAUUACUCACGUACCUGGAUCUCUUCUCCAACCAAUUGACAGCCCAGUUCCUUUCGCACAAUGGGGGAUAGAUCUGGUUGGGCCAUUCCCACAAGCUAGUGGACAACGCAAAUUCUUAAUUGUAGCAGUUGACUAUUUCACCAAGUGGGUGGAAGCGGAGCCCUUGGCUAAAAUAGCCGAGGCCGACGUCAUUCGGUUCCUAUGGAAGAAUGUGGUAUGCCGAUUUGGGAUACCACGAGCCCUAAUAUCAGAUAAUGGAACUCAAUUCUGCGGAAGCAAGGUCGCGGACUGGUGUGAAGGACUAUCAAUCAAGCAAUUCUUCACUUCAGUAGGAAACCCGCAAGCUAACGGCCAAACCGAAGUUACAAACCGCACAAUUCUGCAACACCUCAAAGCCAGAUUAGGAGAAGCAAAGGGCGCCUGGGUUGAGGAACUCCCUAGCGUCUUAUGGGCUUAUCGUACAACUCCCCGAACCUCCACCGGUGAAUCACCUUUCAAUCUUGCUUAUGGAAUGGAAGCCGUCGUACCAGCUGAAAUAGGGCAACCGUCAUGGCGGAUAUCCAAUUACUCAAUCCAGCAUAAUGAUCUGGCAAUAAGGGCAAGUUUGGAUCUUGUGGACGAGGUCAGAGAGGGCGCUACUAUGCGAAUGGAAGCUUACAAAGCUCGAAUGGCGCGAGCCUAUAACCAAAGAGUCAAACCAAGAUCAUUUCAGGUAGGAGACUUGGUACUCCGAAGAGUCGGGAUUUCAAAGGCUGUCGGAAAGUUGGAUCCAAAGUGGGAAGGACCCUACAAAGUUACUCAAGUGGUCAACGCCGGAGCUUACCGGCUUCAGCACAUGGAUGGCAAUCAAGUUCCAAGGACUUGGAACAUAGGGAAUUUGAAGAAGUAUUUCGCUUAG